AAUUUGUUGUCUGAUCUGUGAACUUGAAACUAAAGAGUUAAAAGACCAAGAGGCUUUGAAGGGGAUAAAAAGGCUCUACUUUGGUUACAAUGAGCUGUCUGAGCGUCUGAGCCACCCCUUACCCCCAUCUCACUCGUGCAUACCGCUAUGCACGACAACCCCUGUUAUGCACACUUUUAUGCAUAAAAAAAUGUAUAUAUGCGCGCUCCAACUUAUGCUUUGCUUAUGCACGAAAAGCCCAGUUAUGCACAAACAUAAGCAUGCAUAACAGGUCAGGGCCAGUCUGGCACCACUUGGAGCAACGGCCUUCCUUCCUCGGUGCUUGCGUGUCGCGCGCUCUGCCACAUGCUCGUUCGGAGGGUAGUGUGACAGAGUGUUCUAUAUCCUCAUUGUCUGGACACAACCACCCUCGUAGUUUGUCCGAGAAGCGGCGCUGCCAGUAUGUCUGUUUUCAUGAUCGUGGGAAGGAACGAGCCUCUGUACGAGGCGGAUCUCGGCUCUGGCGGCGGAGGGAACAGCAGCACCGCAGGGAGGUCUUCCGAGGAGUCGGCGCACCUCAACCAGUUCAUCGUGCACUCAGCGCUGGACAUGGUGGAAAGGAAGCAGUGGUCCACCCCGGCAACAUACCUGCGGCUGGUGGACAAGUUCAAUGAGCAAAACGUGUCCGCCUUCCUAACGGCCGGGGGCGCCAAGCUGAUGCUCCUUCACGACGGCAGAACGGACGACGCUAUCAGAACCUUCUUCGCCGAGGUCCACGAGCUCUACGUCAAGCUGCUGAUGAACCCAUUCUACGCCUACGAUUCACCGGUCAUAUCUCCAGCGUUCGAUCAACGCGUCAAGGCUCUCGCUAGAAAGUUGUUGUAGCGUACUAGCCAGGGGGAGAGGAAAGGGCAGAUUGCUGUGGAUGCAGAGGGUGUGUACCACGACAGCAGUACAAUAUGCUUCAGGGGCCGUUUGGUCCAAGGAAGAUUCGCAUCGCAGUAUCGCUGUUUUUCCUUUUGAAGUGUUUGGUUUGCCGGAAAAAAAGUUCCCAAGACGCUGCGUAUGUAAACUGCUUGGCUGCCACGUUUGUCGUCGUGGGCUCUCUUCGUACGAUGCAUAUGUAUGUACACUAUUGGUGUAGCGAUGACAUCAGAGUUUAUUUUUUCGGGAUGGAUCCUCCGGCGUACCUCAGGUAUCAUACCGUUUGGUCAUCACUCUCUCCCCCGAGCAUGCUGUAAAUACUGUAGUCUAGGCGUUGACUCGUGUUUCGCUUGUUGAUCCGUUUUUUAGUAGAGUUAAAGUAGUUGCGUUGAGAUUUGGCAAGCAUGCCGUCAAUUUGGAAAGGAAUGCGUUGUAUGUUCGGUGGUAGGUGCUAGUGGGGCUCAGUUGUUCGGCGCGAGCUUUCGACCGGCCUGUACAUUCACGAUAACACCAGUUUCGCGAAUUCCCUGCCAUGAACACCCACACUGGUGGUGAUAGCCCGUGGCGAUCUAGAACGACUAACAUACAGCAGUUAGCCCCCGCGAGCGAUACCUGUACGUAGUCUGUAUGCAUACACCUCUUCAAUCAUUGCCAAUAACCAGGUUCGAUAAAGAUAAAAGACAUGGAUGGUCCAAGAAGAUUGUGA